CAGAGGGGGAACAGCCCCACGGUCACUCCUCCAAGUGCUGGCUGCCAGACCCAGCCCCGGAGCUGCCAUUUGGGGCCAGCUGCUGUCCCAGAGCUUCCUCAUCACCCUGAGCGGCCCCAGCUCUUCCCAGCCCCGCAGGGACCCUGUCCCCAUGGCCACUGGCCCCACACCUUUGCUCCAGUCCCAGGAGAGCUGGCUGGACCAGUGGUCUGCAUACCUGGGCUUCCACAUCGCCUCAUCCCCCUGCCAGCACGGCCACGUCCUCUGGGGCUGUCCCCAAAUUCCUGGGACAGCUCGGUGCUGCCACCCCACACCCUCCUCUCCCCUUGUCUCAGGCCACCUCGAUCCCGGCAGCCACAGAACGGUGCUGAUGAAAACGGGGCUCAUCCUCCUCAUCGUCGGGCACCUCAUCUUCAUCAGCGGGGCGCUGGUGCACGGCACCGUGCUGCGCUUCGUGCUGGCCGCCCGCGACGCCACCUCCCUGCACUACGGUGUCACCAACAGCGCCGCUGUCAUCGCCGCGCUGCUGACCAUCUCCUGUGGAGUCUGUGCCCUGCUGCUCUCCCGCUACCUCGGCCCUGCUGCCCUCAAAUGGGCUCUGCUGGCGCUGAGCUCCUGCAGCAGCCUGUGCUGCCUGUGCUGCCUGCUGGGGCUGCUCGUGGCCAUCGGGCUGACCCUGGGCACCCAGGGCCGGCUGCUGCUCGGCCCCUGCUCCACCGGCAGCUCCACGCUGGCCCCGGUGUCCCGCGAGUGCCCCUUCGACCCCACCCGCGUCUACAGCUCCACGCUGUCCCUCUGGGUCAUCUCCCUCCUGCUGGAGGCCACGGGGAUCUUCUUCAGCACCCGCUGCCUCCUGCUCACCCUGGAGCUCCUCCGCCUGGGCUGCUGCUGCCGCGGGAUGCUCCGGAUGAAGGUCUCUCUGCAGGAAGCCCCAGUGGACAGCCCCGGCCCCGGGCAGUGCCUGGCCUUGCUGAGACUGGACAGUGGAGAAAUUGCCCGGCUCUGAGGGAUAAAUGACCCUGUGGAUGUGUCCUGGCCCUUCCUGCCCCGUUCCAGCUCCAGCACAGCCCCGGACAGGACUCAGCUGCCCCCCAGGAUGUGCGGACACAUCCCCUGGAACAGGAGCCCAUCCCACGGCCUGGGGCUGCAGCGAGGGAUGGAACCGGGCUGGAACCAGACCCUGCAGGGAGGAACUGCCCCCAGGGGCUCCGUGUCCCCUUUCCCAGCACGGACUGCACUCACACAAACUUUAUUCUGCAGGUAUUAAAGCCCAGAAGCACAGCCCCACGCUGUGGGGAAGGGGCUGACCCAGACCUGCCCAUGGGGCUGCCUCCAUGUGGGGCUGGGUGCUGGGGACCCCCCAACCACGGGGGCUUUGUCCCCCUGGGCUGUCCCACCAGGCUGGGCUGUCCCUGCUCCAAGCCCCGCUGCUGGGGGCUCUGUCCUCACUCCUGCCUUCACCUCCCACCAGUAAAACCAGCGCAGGACCCCCAGAGAUGGAGACUGUCCCCCAGGCCCCCCUCACCCCGGUAUCAUCCAGGCUCCAUCUCUCAUCC